CGAAAAGUCACUGCCAGUGUUUAUUUUAAAACAAGAGAAAAUAAAGCCUAAGCCCACUAUGUAAAAGCCCAUCGUAAUUUAAGGCCCAAUAAGUAACAAUAAAGAUCAUCUCCUCUAUCGAUGAGAAGCGAGUAAACCCUAGCAGCGGACACACACUUAAGUCCAUCGACAUCUGGAGAGUGAGAAGAGAGGAAUAGCCAAAGAUGACUUUCAAGCGAAGGAACGGUGGGAGGAACAAGCACAACAGAGGACACGUCAACCCAAUCAGAUGCUCCAACUGCGGCAAAUGCUGCCCUAAGGACAAGGCCAUUAAGAGGUUCAUUGUGAGGAACAUUGUGGAGCAGGCUGCUAUUAGAGAUGUUCAGGAAGCUAGCGUCUAUGAGGGAUACACAUUGCCGAAGCUAUAUGCAAAGACGCAAUACUGUGUCUCCUGUGCUAUCCACUCUCACGUCGUUAGAGUCCGUUCCCGCACCAACCGUAGGGUUCGUACUCCUCCUCCACGUUUCACCAGACGCAAGGAGGAUACUCCCAAGCCUGGACAGCCAGGACAGGCCCCUCGUCCAGCUGGGCCUGGAGCUGCAGCUGCACCGCGUGUCUGAAGCCUGCAAUCAGCUUAAAUUGUAGUUUCAUUUUUCAAGAUUUUUGUUUUUCUUAUGUUGGCUUCAGAUUUUGUUUCCUUGUGAAUCUCCUUAUGUUUUUUUUUUUUUUCAAAUAAAUGUCUCGACUUUGUUAUUAUUAUAUAUAAACCUCAUAGUUUUGCAAUUUGCUUAAGUUACAUGGUAAUGUCCUUCACAUACGAAAAUUUGAGAUUAUUUGUGAAAAAUAGUUUU